UUUUAAUNAAGUAUGUAACAGAGGAACACGCGUUGGCAAAAUAUGUGCAGCACUUGCUGGAAUCUUCCUCACACACCACAGUGAGCUGUUUUCCCCUUUUAGAAACUUGAGACUUCUUUUUCUUUUUCCACUCUCUUAUCUCACUGAAAAAAAAAAGUGCAUUACUCAUGAUCCGGAAUUUCUACUACUCCGUUCGCGUUUCAACCGUCUAACAUUAAUUAAACCUUGAGGAGAUCGAGUACCUGUUAUGGCUCUGCCGUCGGUAAACCUUAGGCCCGGCAGUGAAUCGCCGGCCGGCGGCUCCCCGACGCCGUUCCUGACAAAGACGUACCAGCUGGUGGACGAUCGGGAGAUCGAUGACGUCAUCUCCUGGAACGCCGAUGGAUCCACUUUCAUCGUCUGGGACACGGCGGAGUUCGCCCGGGAAAUGCUCCCCAAAUAUUUCAAGCACAACAAUUUUUCCAGUUUUAUUCGCCAGCUCAACACAUACGGAUUUAGGAAAGUUAUGCCCGAUCGAUGGGAAUUUUUCAACGAAUACUUCAGACGAGGCGAGAGGAAGCUCCUCCGCGACAUUCACCGCCGUAAAAUAGCUCCUCCGCCGCCGCCGCCGAGGGUGGCUUUUCCUUCCGAAUCCGGCGUAUCUCCGCUAAUAGGAGAGAACAAGAGGCUGAAAAUGGAGAACGUGCAGCUGAACAAUGAGCUGAGGCACAUAAAGAGCCUCUGCAGCAACAUCUACGUUCUCAUGUCCAACUUCAACAACCACGGCGGCGGCAGCGGCAGGGCGGCGGAGCAUCUCGAUUUACUGCCGGUGAUGAGAUUCUGCAAAGGAAUAGCAGCGGCGGAUAGAAAUUGGGCGGCGGCGGCGGCGGCGGCGGAUGGGAUGGAUCUACGGCUGCAGCCGCCGGGAGGGGAUAUAAAAUCUGAGACGUCGGAUGACACGUGA